AUGCCUUCCCGUCCAUUCAAAGUCGAGCGUGCUGCGGAUCCAGCCGUUCGCUAUGAAAAAUACCGCAUCUCCACUAAGGGACAGCAAUCAUGGUCCGACACUCACAAGUUUCUCACCAUUGCUGCUUUGACCGCUAUGCUUGCUGAUUCUCGCAACAAAGCCUCGUCCAAAGGUGAUGGCGACAACAAAGACUGGGAUGUAUGCCACAUCAAGUUCUCCCUUGCCGAUGGCAAAUCUACUACUCACAAGGCGGGCAAUGAGAUCUUCCGUAAGGUCGAUAGCAACCUCCUCUGGAUCGAUAACCACAGACAACUUCGCUAG